AUGACCUCUGUAAGGAGGAUCUCUGUAAGGAGGAUCUCUGAGGAGCACUGUAAGGAGGAACGAUGUAAGGAGGACCUCUGUAAGGAGGAGCGCUGUAAGGAGGAACUCUGUAAGGAGGAACUCUGUAAGGAGGAGCGCUGUAAGGAGGAACGAUGUAAGGAGGAACUCUGUAAGGAGGAGCGCUGUAAGGAGGAACUCUGUAAGGAGGAUCUCUGUAAGGAGGAACUCUGUAAGGAGGAGCGCUGUAAGGAGGAACAAUGUAAGGAGGAUCUCUGUAAGGAGGAACGAUGUAAGGAGGUUCUCUGUAAGGAGGAACUCUGUAAAGAGGAACUCUGUAAGGAGGAACGCUGUAAGGAGGAGCGCUGUAAGGAGGAUCUCUGUAAGGAGGAACGCUGUAAGGAGGAGCGCUGUAAGGAGGAUCUCUGUAAGGAGGAACUCUGUAAGGAGGAACUCUGUAAGGAGGAUCUCUGUAAGGAGGAACGCUGUAAGGAGGAGCGCUGUAAGGAGGAUCUCUGUAAGGAGGAACUCUGUAAGGAGGAACUCUGUAAGGAGGAUCUCUGUAAGGAGGAACUCUGUAAGGAGGAGCGCUGUAAGGAGGAACGAUGUAAGGAGGAUCUCUGUAAUGAGGAACGAUGUAAGGAGGUUCUCUGUAAGGAGGAACUCUGUAAGGAGGAACUCUGUAAGGAGGAUCUCUGUAAGGAGGAACUCUGUAAGGAGGAUCUCUGUAAGGAGGAACGAUGUAAGGAGGAACUCUGUAAGGAGGAACUCUGUAAGGAGGAUCUCUGUAAGGAGGAACGAUGUAAGGAGGAACUCUGUAAGGAGGAUCUCUGUAAGGAGGAUCUCUGUAAGGAGGAACUCUGUAAGGAGGAUCUCUGUAAGGAGGAGCGCUGUAAGGAGGAACUCUCUAACUACAGAUUCAGGGACUUCCCCUUCUUUCUCUUGGAUACCUGUAGGUACCAGAUUCUCUCUCCUGGAUCUAGUCUGUAUGUCCAGUAA